GUUAAAAAAAAAAAAAAAGAAGAAAGAAGAAACAAAGAAACAUACUCUUAACACAUUGGAUUUAAAGUUUCAAAGUCAAAUAAACACUUCUAACUACUUUUCUUUGUUUUAUUUCUAUAUGUUAAUUAGUCCAUAUACAUUAAACUAUACAUCAUAUUAUAUCUCUCACCAUAUGUCUUCAACAAACAAUAUCGAAGUUUCCAAUGACAACGCUUCUUCCAGGUUACUUACAUUUCCUCAUAUAUGAAUCAUUCAAACGACAAAGAACUUGUCCACCCAAUCACCAUCAUAUUACAUAGUUGACGAACACUUCAAUGUUAUAUUCUCAAUUUCACAUCAUAUAUUAUCAUAUUCUUCAAUUUCUAGAUUCAAAUAUUUGUCCCUUAUUACUUCAUAUAUAAAUCAAAAUUACUUAUAAACACCCUUCACAAAUAUAACAUCCCAUUCACAACCAUCACAUUCUAAAACUCAUUAUUACAUUUUACUAAUCUCUCUAUAAUAAACAUGAUUACCACCCAAAAUCAAGGUUAUUUUGCUUUAGCAAUAUUAACACUAAUUACCAUCAGAUUAACUUCAGUUUCAGCUCGUUUCUUCCCUGAUCCAUCUUCAAUCCCAACAUGGAUGUCAAACAACGCCCCACCAGGCGCGUGGGACGGAUACCGCAACUUCACCGGUUGUAGUCCGGGCAAAACAUAUGACGGCCUCUCAAAACUCAAAAACUACUUCCAACAUUUCGGUUACAUCCCCAACUCUCCGUCGUCAAAUUUCAACGACGACUUCGACGAAGCCUUAGAAUCCGCCAUUAAAACCUAUCAAAAAAAUUUCAACCUCAACAUCACCGGCGAACUCGAUAACACAACAAUGAACUACAUAAUCAAACCCCGGUGUGGUGUCGCCGAUAUCAUCAACGGAACAACGUCAAUGAAUUCCGGUAAAUUCAAUUCAUCAAACGAAAUUCACACCGUUCAACACUACACUUUCUUCCCCGGUCAGCCACGGUGGCCGGCGGGAACAGAAACCCUAACUUACGCUUUUGAUCCGAACGAAAAUCUCGAUGAUUCAACGAAACAAGUUUUCGCAAACGCGUUUAAUCAAUGGUCAAAAGUAACAACAAUAACAUUCAACGAAACGGCGUCGUAUAAUACCGCUGAUAUUAAAAUCGGUUUCUACAGCGGCGAUCACGGUGACGGAGAAGCAUUUGACGGAGUUUUAGGGACGUUAGCACAUGCGUUUUCACCAACUGACGGAAGGUUUCAUUUAGAUAAAGCUGAAGAUUGGGUAGUUAACGGUGAUGUAACGGAGUCAUCUUUAAGUAACGCCGUUGAUUUGGAAUCUGUUGCUGUUCAUGAAAUAGGACAUCUUUUAGGGUUAGGGCAUUCAUCUAUUGAAGAGGCUAUUAUGUAUCCUACAAUAAGUUCUAGAACUAAGAAAGUUGAACUUGAAGAGGAUGAUAUUGAUGGGAUUCAGAAUCUUUAUGGGUCUAAUCCUAAUUUUAAUGGGACUACUGCUGCUACUUCAAGGGAUAGAGAUUCUAGUUUUGGUGUUCGACACGUGGCGUCGUUGUUUUCGACUAUUUUGUUUGUUGGGUUUGGUUGUUUGGGUUUAUAGACAAGAGUGUUGUUAGCGCUCCUAUUUUUUUUUUUUUUUUACUAUGAUGAUAGAUAGAGUACAUGAUAUGUAUAGGGUGUCUAUUUUGUACUAUUCAAAUUCUUCAUUAUUUUUGUGAUAGAUUUAUUGGACUAUUAACCAUUUGGUAUA